GCAACACGGUCAAGGCCGUGGAAGUUGUCUGGGGCGCCCUGAAAACGUCGGUCGAUGAUCUCGUCCCGGAGGAGUGGGCGGACGACGACACGUAUGCUCUCGUGAUGGGUACCGUGGACCGCGUGAUCGGUAACCUCUCCCAUCACGUGCUCGAGUACAAGCGCCGGAUCUUGAACUCGAAGGUCUGCUACAAGCGGUCCCAGCACCGCGAGAGGGCCCGCCCGAGUGUUUGCGACGAGGGCUACGAGUGGGACCAGAUGACGAUGUGCCUCCCUCAGGGCAGCAGCAACGGCGCUCACUGCCUGCCGCCGUGCGGCGGGCAGGGUGGCAUGUGCGAGAGCUUCUGUGGCGAGGGCAUGGCCUGCUGCAGGCAGGGCGACUCGAAGGACUCGAGAUCCGGCAGAGUGCGAGGGGGCGACGGGCUUUGUUCUCCUCGGCCUUGCGGAGGGGGCGUCGACGGACUACCACCAGUGUGUGAGAGCGGGCCCAAACCUCGCCUUGACCGUGAAGGGUGCAGGCGUGCGUGCGCUGAACGGAUUGUACGUGCAGUCGGGUGA